UCUCAACUCUUGCCGUCAGCUGUUGCUGUUGGGUUGGGUAAUGUUACGCUUCAUCAUCAACAGAUACUGCGACUGCCCGGCCCUAUGCGAAAGCGAAACGCUUCUACCCCCAAGGCCAGUCGUGUUGGAGGUACUUAGUGGUAAAGUAUAGUUGGUCUGAUGGUAACUCUGGCGAGCAUUGUUUUGCAUUAUAGUUAUGCUGGGAACUAAGAACUCUAAUUAGAUUCCUAUACACCUAGUGAUAAUCCUUGCUAGUCUAAACACUGAAGAUACUGCAACAUUACAUUGGAUGAAUUUGUAGCAAUUUGAAUUUGUCUCCUUAUUAAUUAAUCAUGAAAAACACCUACAUAAUUUCUAGUCAGCUCUCACUGCUUAAGAGAUUUUUAAAACCAUUUGACAAUGUGAGGAAGUCUUUGCAUUUAUCAAUAAAUGACUUAAGCAAGCGAGAGAGAGAGGCAAAAAUUACUGAUCCACUCACCGAUUCCUUUGGUCGCUAUCACAACUAUUUAAGAAUAUCUUUAACAGAGCGGUGUAAUUUAAGAUGCACAUAUUGCAUGCCAGGAGAUGGAGUUUCCCUAACACCUAGAGAAAAUUUACUGACUACUGAUGAAAUUGUACACUUGGCAAGGCUAUUUGUCAAGCAAGGCGUUGAUAAAAUCCGAUUGACUGGGGGAGAACCUACAGUAAGAAAAGACGUGACAGAAAUUGUUGGCAGAUUAAAUGAGUUGGAUGGGCUCAGAACCAUAGCGAUGACAACCAAUGGACUGACACUAACACGUCAGCUUGUCAACUUGCAAAAAGCUGGUUUAAAUCUUUUGAACAUCAGUCUUGAUACACUGCAACCAGCCCGUUACGAGCAAGUCACUCGUCGCAAGGGAUGGGAGAGAGUGAUUGCAGGAAUUGACCUUGCUAUUCAACUGGGAUUUGAGCCAGUAAAGGUGAAUUGUGUUGUUAUGCGGGGCUUUAACGAUGAUGAAAUCUCUGACUUUGCUCGUUUCACUUUGGAUCGGAAAGUAGAUGUCAGAUUCAUUGAGUACAUGCCAUUCACUGGCAAUGGUUGGAAUGAUAAUUGCAUGGUACCCUUCAAAGAAAUGUUAUCUGUAUUGAGUAAAGAAUUUCCAGGGAUAGAGGCACUUGAGAAUGAACCAAAUGAUACAUCUAAGGCGUUCAAAAUACCUGGGGCACAAGGAAAACUUGGAUUUAUAACAUCUAUGAGUAAAAACUUUUGCGGUACUUGCAAUAGAAUCAGAUUAACAGCAGAUGGCAACUUAAAAGUUUGCCUCUUUGGAAAUGCUGAAAUAUCCUUGAGGGAUGCCUUAAGAAAUAAUUGUAGUGAGGAGGACUUACUUACAAUGGUGGGACUGGCACUUCAACGGAAAAAGAAGCAGCAUGCUGCUACCUCUUGGAUUAUGCAUGGUGGAAUGCACAAAUACAAGAUUUUGGGGACACCAAAACCUUUUGUUCCUGCAAUUCAACAAGAGACUGUUUCCACUAGGUGGUUUAGUACUACCAACUCCUCUUCAAGUCUUAAUGAAGAUGAUAAAUUUAGUAAAGAAGAUAAAGCUGUAUUAACUCAUGUUGAUCAUUCUGGAAAGGCAAACAUGGUCAAUGUAAGUCAUAAAAGCACGUCUAAAAGAUCAGCAACUGCAUGUGGGAGAAUAUUUGUUGGAGCAAAAGUAUGUGAACUAAUUCGAAACAACAACAUGAAGAAGGGGGAUGUCCUCACUGUUGCCAGAAUCGCUGGCAUCCAGGGUGCAAAGAAGACUUCUGAAGUUAUUCCUUUGUGCCACAAUAUUUUUAUAUCUUCCAUUAAGGUUAACGCUGAUAUUGAUGAUGAGACAAACAGUGUCUUCAUUACUGCAACCGUUGAGUCAGAGGGAAGAACGGGGGUAGAAAUGGAAGCAUUGACAUCUGUAUCAAUUGCAGCACUUACUAUUUAUGAUAUGUGUAAGGCUGUCACACAUGACAUGUUGAUAUAUGAUAUCAAAUUGAUGGAGAAAACAGGUGGAACAAGGGGGGAUUUCAGAAGAAAAAGUUCUGAUACUACCCAAUAACAACCUGUUCCCCAGUCAUAAUUUUGUUUAAAGACUAUUAUUACAAAAUAUAAAUUGUAUUAUGAAAUGCAUGACAUUUGUACAAUAUGAUGUUGAUGUUAUCAUUCCAAAACCUUACUUAACUUAACUGUGAUGUAAUGAUUAGGUUUAUUAUUUUUAUCAAAACCUAAUUUUUUAUUUUGAUAGAUUUUACAAUUGUUUGUGUUUUUCUAAUAAAGGUUUAAAAAAAAUA